CCUUCACCUCUUGAGACGUUCGAUACAAAAAAUGAUCUUGUGACAAUAAAUGAGUUAUGUGUCAUUUAUAGACAUUUUAAAGCUUGAUCAACAGUGUAGAUAAAGCACAGAAUGAGUGCUACAAUUGCAAAGAAAGGUUUCCAUCUCAAUAAAGAUGACCUGUUGUGUGACAAUGGCUGUGGUUUCUAUGGGAACCCAAACUGGCAGGGAUUUUGUUCUAAAUGUUACAAAGAGGUGUACCUUAAAGCAAAACAGGCUCAGCAGGACCAUGAUGAACAACAGCAAUCCAAGAGCAAACCAUCAUUAGAAGAGGUUCCACCGUCAUUUUCUAAGUUUGCAGAGAAGAAGACCCAACAAACAAACAAACGGUCACACACAGUUAAGUCCAUAUUUAGGAAAGGACCAUCUAAAGAAUUAAGAUUUAGAUGGCCAACAAAAGAGAGUCAAACUCAAGAGAAGACUUCGAAACCAGUGACUGGUAGACCACUUAACACAGAUACUCAACAAGUUGGCGCAGAGUUCGCCAAAUUUUUGCAGACUCUACGUAAGAACACGGCUGUAGAUGUGUCUAAACAUAUUAAAGCCAUUGUGGACAAGAUGGGAACAAUAACUGAAGCUCCAGUAGAAGAAAUGUCAGAAGUUGUACAGGACUUCUACCAAACACUGUUGGAUAGAAUGGCAAAUAAUGCAUUGUAUAAAGGGUACAGCCAGGAUAUAUUGGACAAGGCCAUGUUUUAUAUAGAGAGUUACAUGACGGUUAAAUUGUAUGCAACACUGUUCUGUCCAUCUCAUACAGAAGACGAACAGAAAGAUUUACAUGUACAGAAUCACAUACGUAGUUUACAUUGGGUCACACCUACUCAGAUAGACACUCCCAUUAAUGAACAUGAUCAGAAUGUUAGGAAGUUGGUGGAUAAAGCAAUAACAGAGAUUAUAGACAUGAAUUCAAAGAAAUCACCACCAGAUAAACUAGACUGUGUAACCAGAUGUUGUAAACAUAUAUUUGACAUUCUAAAAGUAUCCUUAGAGGGACCAGCUAAUGCUGAUGAUUUCCUGCCAGCAUUGAUUUACAUAGUGCUUAAAGCUAAUCCACCACAAUUACAGUCUAAUAUACAGUAUAUAACUAGGUUCGCUAAUCCUAGUCGACUGAUGAGUGGCGAAGCAGGAUAUUAUUUUACUAAUCUGUGUUGUGUUGUAUCCUUUAUUGAGAAUAUAAAUGCGGAGUCACUUAAUCUUACACAGGACCAGUAUGACAGGUAUAUGUCUGGAGAGGCAAUCCCUCCUCAGCGAGGUAAUGAGUACAUGUGUGAAGGACUACGCUUAAUGUACGAUAACUUAAAAACAUUAUCUGAUCUAAAACAGAGACAGGAAAAAGUAAUGGCGGACACUUUACAACUCCAAGAAGAUAUGAAAGACUUUAAGGAUAGCUUUAAGCAAGAAAUCCAAGACGUGCUUGAACGGACUCCAUUAACAAUUAAGCCAAGUAAAAUGAAAGUGAACUUAGACGAUGAUAGUGGAUCCUUAAGUGAUUUGCCUACUCCUUUAAUGCCAAUGAUGGCACCUAUGUCUGGUGAUGUGAUAGGUGAGGACCAAAGUAAUUUAAACAAUACUCCUUCUAUUGACAAUCAUGAACAAAUACUGUCUUCUUCAAAUGGAUAGAUGUUGCUUAUGAAGUAUGAUUAAUUGCAAUACAUUUAUUUUAUUUUGUCGUAAUGGGCUGUUUCUUGUGCAAAACAGUUGAAAAAAUACUAGAAGAUGGCUAUAUAAUGCAGCCAUGUUGUUGUAGACAAGCGCAAGUCAAAAACAUAGAUUUGUUUUGGAAAAAUGAACUUUUAUGAUUAAACAAUUCAAAUACAUUUAAUGGUAUUUCACAGUUGAAAUCACCUUAAGCAAUGUUGAUACUUACUUCAAGUUUUGUAAAUACGUGUGCAUAUAUGUGUAUAAAUGAUAAUGUGAAAGAACAAUAUGUAGAACUGAAUUUCUCCGAACAAAUAUGCUAACACUCUUAUCUGUCAUUUAUCAAAGUUAUAUUAUCAACAACAUGAAAUCAGUGAGAUGGAACAUCAAGAUGGGAGAAAAGUUGAUGGAAUAAUCUUUUUUCUGUCUUUUUAUUUUGAAAAUAAUUAGGGUUUGAAUAUUUAACAUAUUUAAGGAACAUCCUUUCAAUGUUCAAUAAGCAAGAAGUCUUUUUCUUUAUUUUCCUUAAUAUUCUUUUCUUUUUCUGUUCAUCUAUAAUUUUGGACAACUUAACUUGCUACCGGACAGACAACAAAGUUCAGCAAUUUUUCAGGGUUGUUUAAAAAUGAAAAUAUCAAGUACUUGCCUCUGGUAUAAAUUUUUGUCUUUUCAUUACAAGGGGCAAUUAAGCCUUGUAAUCAUGCUAAUAAGGUCUACUCUCUUAUUAAGGGAGACAUGUUGCUGUAGUACUAUUGGCAAAACAUUGCAUAUCUUUCAGCAUUAAUUAAUGAUAUUUGGCAUGAAACUGUAUUACUAUAAGACAGUGUGUGAAAUAUCAUCAUGACCAUCAUCAUGAUCAUGUGACCUCAUGAUCAAAAUAUUUGAUUUUUUAUUUGACAUACAUAAUUUGUUUUAUCCUUCAGUAGGCAUAUGGGAUUUUGAUAUUUGGGACAUGGGUGAAACAUGAUCACCUCAAUACAAUGUGUUGAGUACCAUUAAACCUUGACCUUUGACCACUUCUUAUUAUGAUAAUUUUGCUUUUACAUGUUUUAACAAAAGAUGAAUUUGAAAUAGGCAUGGUGGAAAUUUGUUCAGCCAGCUUCAGUAUUCAAAACCCCUAGUUGUUCUUGAUAUUUUUUUUCAAGUAUUAAUGGGAUAUGCUUUUGCUAUUUUCAGCUUAAGAAACGUCAGAUUUAAUCUAAGACUGUCAUCUCUGCUGUGUCUGCACUGCUGCUAAUAAUCAGCUCAGUUAUGAGGGUCUUGAUGCAUGGGGUCUACAGAAUAGAGAAUAAUGAGCAAAAAGUGCUCAAUAAAGGACAAAAAAUAUAAAGAAUAGAGUAAAAUAGGCCACAAAAAUAAAAGAAUAGAGAAUAUGGGGUGCUUAAAUAUAAAGAAUAGAGAAAAAUGGUUUAAAAAAUUAAACAAUACAGAAUCGAUGGACCCUCAUUGUGACCCUCAAUUAUCGAUCAUCAAACAUUUAAAGUAAAGCAAAUUUUGAUUGUUUAGGAUAAUUUUCUGAAUCCAGCUGAAUUUUUUAAUACUUAUUUAUUUAAGUUGUACUUUAGCAUGGGUAGGGAUAUUUUCAUGGUCUUGCAUUGGGGACAAGGGAUAAAGUUUAUGUUUUGCACACCCAAAUCAUGUUGUAAAUUUGUUGGUAUAACAUAACCAACAUCAUAUUUUUCUUUUAUUAAAUUUAUAGCUAUUUCCAUUGGUGUAGUUGAAAGAAGUAAUAACUCAUUCAUGUCAUUUUAACACGCAAAAGCAGAAGAGUAUAUUUGGAAAGAAACUUACCUUUAGACUUGUAAUCUAUUGUUUAUAUUAAAUGUAUCUGUUUUUCACCACAAAAAUAAACAACAAAUAUUGUUGAUCAUGUUCAUGUGGAUGUGGUUAGCAUUCCAAUGUUAUCAGAGAUUACUUAUACCCAAGCAGAGAGGGUAUAACAAUUUCUCAUAUGGCAAGCUUUUCAGUGUAAACAAAAUAUGAUCAUACAUAUGCCACACAUUAUUGUUUUGUGUUUUCAUUAGUUUUGUGCAUUUUAAUAAAAUUUAUAUAAAAAUAAAAAAA